ACUAGCACCAUGUUUGUACGAACAGUACGUUCACCAAGACGGUUGCAGGUGGCGUGGGUGUCGACGCUCCCGCGUACUAUACAGCAGAUGCUUGAGCAUCCGCCUGCAGUAGGUUCGCGCCUCCAGGUUGCGGGCCAUGUCAAGUCCAUCCGAAAGUUCAAGAAUAUCGGCUUUUUAGACCUUUCAGAUGGUUCCACCUACAAAACCUUACCCAUAGUGUUCCGUCACCCAGACCAGGUAUUGGCGCAGUACGACUUGAAGGUGGGCCAGAGCCUUGAGAUUUCCGGCGAUUUGGCCGAGUCCAAAGGUGUACAACUGUUUGAAGUUACGUUUGAUCCAGCUGACGAUUCUCACCACUUGAAGAUUAUAGGAAACGUCCAAGACCUGUACCCCAUCCAGAAAAAAGAGACAUCUCUCCAGUUUUUGAGAAGUAUCCCCAUCUUGAGACACAGAACAUCGACGUUGGCGUCUGUUUUGCGGUUGAGGUCGUUCUUGGAGCAUGAAUUAAACGUAUUUUUUGCAGAACACAGUUUUACCAAAGUCACUCCUCCAAUGAUAACCAGUUCUGACUGUGAAGGUGGUGGAGAACAGUUCACGAUAGAACCCUUGAAUCCCAAGGAAGUUGUGAAGGACGGGAUGGCGGUAAAACACGAGUUUUUCGGUAAGCCAGCGUAUUUGACGGUGUCUACCCAAUUGCAUCUCGAAGUGUUGGCACCUUCCUUGAACCGUGUAUGGACAUUGACGCCGUGUUUUCGAGCAGAGGACUCCAACACCAACCGUCACUUGAGUGAGUUCUGGAUGCUCGAGGCGGAGAUCUCGUACAUCUCCCAGUUGUCGCAACUCACCAGGUUCACCGAAGUGAUGAUUCGGCACCUCACCUCACAGCUCUCCAACAACCGCGAGGACGUGUUGAACUCUCGUUACAACAAAGCAGACCGGGAGCUAAUCGAGGUCAGGUGGAACUCGAUUUUGGCCGAAAAUGACUGGCCUGUCAUAACCUAUGAUGAGGCCAUCAACCUCAUUAACCAGGUGAAACUAAAAGGCAGACUGAAAGGUCGUCUUGCGUGGGGAGACUCGAUUCUGACGGAGGACGAAAAGUGGCUAGCAGGGGACCAUUUCCACUCGCCUGUGUUCAUCACUGACUACCCCAAAUCCCAAAAACCAUUCUACAUGCCUCAUAGUAAGAACUACAAUAUUUCAGCCCCCACAGUCGCAUGUUUCGACUUGAUCUUCCCGUUCAUUGGCGAGUUGAUUGGUGGUUCGUUGAGAGAGGAUAACUACGAGGUGCUUGUGGCAGAAAUGAACCGCAGAAACAUGGAUCUUGUGGAAAUGGACUGGUACUUAUCUACUCGACUCAAUGGAAGUGUUCCCCACGGAGGGUUUGGCAUGGGACUCGAGAGACUCAUGCUCUACUUAUCGGGGCUUGAGAAUGUCAGAGACGUCGUCACAUUCCCCCGGGCUCCAGAGACCUGCGAUUGUUAGGCAUUCGUGGUGGUAGAAUUCUUGUAAAUAGUUGCAGCAACUGUCUAACCAAAUAAAGUAGUGUAUACGCCGUGCUCACAUAAUGAUGAAAAUUUUCAAAGCGAAUUUUUUCUUCUCCCCAAACCAUCUAGUUUAACCCAUAUAACACACC